AUACUAUACAACCGACGCAUAAAAUUUUUGUCUUUUCUUCAUAUAUAUACAAACGAUUUUAUAACUGAUUUUUUUUUCCCGUUAUUCAAUGAUAUUUUUAAUUAAUUUUGUUUUAAAUUAGAAGAUAAUUUUUAAUAAUUUUCGAAAUUAUUAUUAUUUUUCAUUUUGACUAACCAGUUAUACUGCGCUGUGUAAUGUAAUCCGAUCGAAUCAAUUUCCUUGUAGAUUACAUGUAUACAGGAAGCCUGUUGGAUAGCAGUGUAAGCAGUGCCGUCUUAUUAGCAAUUGAGGCGUAACUAGCCGUGUUUGUUUCAUUACAUUAUGGAAGUUGUCUGUCUAUCGAAUGACUUACAAUAAAUUCGAACAGCAUUAAUUGCCGUGAGGUCAUGUUUUGCACCAACAUGUGGAAAUGUCAAAAGAGUUCAAGAAAGAGCUAAAAAAUAAAAAACGAAGGGAUGUCCUUUUAACAGAUUUUACCCUCCAUGAUUAUUCAGCUUCUGGAAGAUUCAAGAAAGCACAUAUCAAUGCUUUCCACAAAGAAGCUAAACAGUUACAAACAAUUCCAACUUUAGUUCAAGAUGUUGUUGAAAAUUGGUUUGAAAAAGAUGCGGAUGACUUCGAUACAGACACAGUUUCUUCAAAAGGAGAGGAUGAAGAUGAAGAGGAAAAGAAAAAAAUAAUUAACGAUGAAACAAGUAAAUCAAGUAAAUCUGAAAAUAUCAGGAGAAAAACAAAAUUGAAAAACGUUGUACCUGAUGAUUCUGGAUUUAUUUAUCCUGCUGAUAUUUGGCAUAUUCUAUCAUUGUAUAUCCAUCCUGAAGAUGUUUGGCGAUUUGCUUCUAUCUGCAAAUACGCAAAUACUGCAAUCCAUACUGUAAGGUUUUGGCGUCAUCUCUAUCAUAGGCAUUGUUAUGACUUGACUCUGCUUCCAAGGAAUCUGAUGCCUUUUAAUUUGGAAUGUAUCCAUGGACUUCGAGCUCGAGUUAUACGGUCACUUCAUCAUGCAUAUCCACCUCUCUUGAACAAGACCAUCAAAUUCUCUGUAGAUGAUAUUCCAAACCAACUUGAAGGGCAACGAUGCAUUCUUUUCUGGCAAACUCAAAUGGCUGACAAUCAAAGCUGGAAUUUCUACUUUAAGUUCAAAAGGGACUCUACAUUCUCAAACAAACUAAACCAUUCUAGUAAACGUAACGAUCUCUUGAAUGGCUAUAAUGAUAUGUUUCACAACCCUGAAAAAGAUUGUACAGUACUUUUAGUAACUUGUAAGAACUAUUCCUUUGUUCCUGUUGUCAUGGGCUAUGUACUAAACAAACUAAGUGUAGCGGUCAGCCAGACAAUGCGCUAUCAUAGGAUGAAACUUAGUUUCAAUACCCGCUUUUUUAAUAACGGCAAUUCUUCAGGAGGUCCCGGAGAAGAAAUGAUCGUCUUAGAUCCUGUGAUGAGUUGGCAGUGUAUGGGAUGGUGGCAUCCUAGUUAUCCCAGUGUGUGAAAUCUGUUUUAUUGGCCCAGGAACUCAUAUAGUCUAAGAACAUUAUAGAAAAUAAUAAAUAUUGUUGUGAAACUGUGAAACCCAAAGAACCUAUUUUUGAUCUCUGUCUCAGCAAAUAGUUGAGACACACUGUUCACAAGUUCAAAUAAGCUAGAUUGCCUUGAGGAAGAGAGCAGUCUGACAUCUUCAGGUAGGGCAUUACAUCAGAGGGUGAAAAAUUACUGCAGAUACUAAAUUAGAUAUAGUGCUGAAUAUGUGGUGAGGGGGGGGGGGAGAAUUGGUUGCUAUUAUUGUAUGAAGCGUAACAUUGUUGUCAUGCAAUAGCAGCAGCACAUACGCUACUCGUUCAACUCAUUCAUCCAUUUAUUCAUUUUAUGUUGAUUUUUCCAUGCUAGAAUGAGUUGGAUGAAUACAUAUCAUCAGGGCAUUGUUUUGCAACAAGAUGCCCGUCCUGUUGUCAGCCCUUACUUAUUUUACAAGUAAAGGGAUUUUUGUUUUUUAUUCUACUUUAUUCCACACACACACACACACACACAUAUAUAUAUAUAUAUAUAUAUACAUAUGCAUAUAUAUAUAUGCAUAUAUAUAUAUAUAUAUGUAUGUAUGUAUGUAUGUAGGUGAUGGGCUUCCAUACAGUUUCUGUCUACCAAUUCCACUCACAAGGCAUUCGUCGGCUCGAGACUAUUAUAGAAAAUACUUGCCCAGGGUGCUACAUAGUGUGAUUGAUCUCAAAACCACAUGGUCUCAUAGUGAACUCCGCCUCCGUACAGCCAAACGUCUGCACCCGCAUAUAUCUAAUUUAGUAUUGGUCUUUAGUUCUUGUCCCUCUGAUGAAAAGCUCUGCCUGAAAUGCGAAAGACCCUCCCCCACCUCUUUUCUUCACAGCAACCUAUCUUAUUGUAUUUUGUGAACAGUUUAUUAUUGGUAGUACAACUAUUACUUAUAUAGAAUUAAUUAAAAGCCUCUUUAAAUCAUACAGGCAAUUAAUGUGACAGUUAACUAUUUAAGGGUCUUAAAGGAGCAGAACUAAUAGAUAACUGCAAUAGAAAAUGAGCUGUGUAAAUUUUAUUACAGCAAUAAAAUUAGUUAUAAAAAUAAUAAGAUCAAUAAUAAUGACUACAAUAUCAUCGGUAAUAAGUUAUACUAAACAAUUUAUAUGAUUAUACAAUAUUUUCAAAUAAACAUGAGUUUCGCCAAUGUAACCAUAUGGACUUCAACUUUCAGAGCCA